UCUGUUCGUUUAGUUACCAGCGAUAAGUCGACAUAUUUGGACCUACCAGGAAAUAUUAGUUUAACCCACAAUGCCACCACCGCCUCACGAUCACUGUGGAGGACCACCACAUCGCCGUGGACCCGUGAUUAAGGUGCAGAUCGCACCGCCAUGGCCGCGGCGCCACCAUCGCCCGCCACCCCAGAUUGUGGUGGUGCAGCAGCCGCCGCCACCGCCACCACCAGUUACAGUGGUGCAACAGGCCCCUCCGCCACCGUACUACCAGUACCCUCCCCCACCACCACCAGGCAGUAGCCACUACCACAACCCACAAUAUUAAAAGCGAUCUGAGAACUUUGAUCUGUAAAUCAGCCAUGAUGAAUUUAUUUUAGGUAGUCUUACCAAGCCACUGUAUAAUCGUAAUAAAGUAUAUAUAU